UUCAUUAUUAUUUCACGCUGUAAAACACUUCUCUGUAGAAAUUUGCAUUGACACUGCAAAGAAACUGAAUAACUAGUCCUCGUUAACCCGUGUUUACUUACCCUUGCUGUUCUACUGGAUCGUGAAGAAUUCGGCUGUUGAAAAAUUCCGGUGAUACUUUGUCGGUUAUCAACCGGAGACAGAAAUAUGUCAGCAGAUUUGUUUCUUCCAAACAUCAACCGUUGGCUAGAACUGGGCCAGUACCAGCAAAUAAAGAAUGUUAUUCUUGAUCGUGCACACACUCCCAAGGUCCGGGAACAUGGCAUGGACAUCAUUCUUGGAGUAUGCAAUCACCUCAACUCCGAAAAGACAGUCUGGUCUCCCGAGAUGGAGGAGUGUUGUGAAUUCUCCCUGCUCAUGGUGGCUCAGUUGUCCAAUCCGAAAGAAGUUCUAAUAGCCCUGCAAGAGCAAGUUGCAGAAUUCGGAUCAAGCUCAAAAUUCAAGAUUCUACUAUUGCCAUUUCAAGCAGUCCUCCUGCGAUUACCUGACAAGCAGAGCAACAUUCUGAACAUGGUUCUGGAGACCAUCGGAGAACAUGUAAGCUCUUUACCACUUCCUAGUCCAGGACAUUGCUUUGAGGGUAAAGAAAGGAUACUUCUAGACACAGAUCCCAAAGUACAAUGUAUUUCCGACAUUUAUGAGGCUCUGGCAGAAUUUUACGCCCCAUUUGUCAAGCAAAUGGCACUGAACCGCAUUCAAACCAAAUUAGACGACCAAACCUGUUUAAGAGAACGACGUCGCGUCCUGAAGAAGAACCUGCUUAAGACUAUGGAACAGCCUUUGAUGUGCAUGGAUUUGCAUUUUGCCGAAGGGAAGAGCCCGAAUCUACUCAGAAGGACGGCCGAAAAACUUGUCCAUCACCUCUCCUGCGUCUGCGGGGAUUUCUUCUCUCUGCCGGAAGUCGUGCAUCAUUUCCAAGGCAAACAUCAGUGCCCGUCCUCGUCCGCUUUCGAUGACGGCAGUCCGCCACCUACUCUAAAGUCGCUCGGAACGAUUUUCUAUCUCAUCUACGGCGAGCAGCUACCUUGCGUCAGCGUCCCCUCGGUGUACAGCCAAGAAUUCGUUUUCCACACCGUCUUACAGCACGCCGACCUUCUCGUCAGAAGUGGAGAACCGCUGGUCGUUCAUAAAGGACUUCUCCUGAUUCAAGGGCUACUGAAACAAGUGGGCAACUCGUCUCUUUCUCUCGAUUGCCUCGAUCAUCCCAUCCAUUUUCAGAUUUUCCAGUCGCUCAUUUGGCUGGCCGUGUCGGGUGUCAAUAGCCGAGAAUUCAAGAUCCUCUCCGUCGAGUUGUGGCGUCCUUAUUUAGACAAACUGCAUCCUGGUGCCCGCUACCAUCUUCUCCAAAGCCUUCUACCCACGCUGGAGCACCCCGGCCUUAGAGGAGUGGUUAUUAAAAUCAUCAAGGACCAGAUUGCCCUCUGCCUGGACAAGGAUAUGCCCUACUUUUUGCAUGAUCGCCUUAGUGCUUGCCUUCCUUUAAUAUGGAAGCUACCUCAAGAUGUCGAGACUGACCUGCUGGAACACAUGGACUCGAUCAUGAGCUCGUUAAACCUGGCUCGGUUUCUCCUUAUUCGUGACAAGCUCAACGCCAGCGGUUUCAGCCAACAGUUGCCGAUCCUCGAGGCCCAGUUUAUGGAGCCACUCGCCAGAGCCCUCAACCUUUCUAGAGCCCAUUACGAACUCGAGUUGUCUAAAAUUGGGAGCGGCGUGUCGGCCAUGUGCAACGUCCUAGUGACUUUGCCGGAAAUGUCUCUCGAUCAGCAAAAGUCGGUGAUGAAAUCCGCCCUCAGCUCGUUUGAUCUUCUCGAAAGCGUUCUAGCCCGAGUUGCUGAAUGUCUCCAUUCAUUCACCGGAUCUUCGCCGACGUGAGAAAGCGACAAAAAACCAAAACGACAACAACAACUGAAAAUGCACAAUUCUCUUGUUAAAAAAUGGCUUUAAGUUCUUCCGCUGAUUAUUUGUUCGCAAAAAGAACUACGCUGAUGCCUACUGACUGGAGCUGGAAUUAAUACACCCGCUACUUUUGUAGCGUCUUGUCCCAUA